AAUUGCGAAAUCUCAACACCAUUGAACAUGAGCAAACGGAUCGCAUCGUCGGAUUCCAGCUCUGAUGAAUCAGGUCGUGGUCAGAAACGUCAAGAUUCAGAAUCAGACGAUUCAAACGAUCGGAAACCCGAGCGUUCGAGAGAUCGUUCAAAUGAUUCAGAUUCUGACGAAAAUGAUCAGAAAAAAAGCAAAAAGAAGUCGUCAAAACGACCGAGUCGUGCUGUCACACAAAUGAAGAAAGUCAUCGAAAGCGCAGCAGAAAGUUUACGAAAUUGGCUGUUUGUUUUAGGGACGUCAGAUGAUGAUUCUGGAUCGGAUGGGGAAAUGACGUCGAGUCGAAAACGGAGAUCCGAAAAGGGUGGCAAACGAGGCCGAAAGAGAGCGAAAAAGGGUAGCGAUGAGAAUUCGAAUAGCAGCGAUGAUAGCAAUAAGAAAUCGGAUGUUGAUGAAUACGAUGACGAUAUGUUUCUGGAUGAGGAGGACAAGAAAAGACUGGAAGAGAUGACUGAAAAAGACCGAGAAACAGAAAUCUUCAAACGAGUAGAGCAACGUGAAAUUCUCAGAGCAAGACAUGCGAUACAAAAGAAAAUAAAAGCCAAGAAAGGUGGUGAUGUAGAGGGUACAUCGCAUAAGGAUAAAAGUGAAAGGAAGAAACGGAAGCAGAAAGAAAAAGAGAGUAAACGUGAUAAAGAAUCAGUGAAGAAAAAAAUCGAAGACAGCGACGAAGACGUUGAACAUACACCGAAGCAUUCGGAUCAUGAAGACGAAUUUGCAAAAUCGAAAUCUCCACCUCCGGCAUCACCGAAGUGGGAUAAUGGUACAAAAGAAGAGCAAGAUGAUAUGUAUGAUCAGUACCAACACCCAUCCGAAAUUCAGCGGAAGCAGAAGCACAAAUCAGCGAUGGCCGAUCUGUUGAAUAAACGACGUGAAAAGAGAGAAGCUGAACAAAAGAAGAGAGCAGAGUCGAGGAAGUCAGAGUUGGACAUCGACGAGGUGUUUGGUAAAGAUGACGACGAUAGCGAUGAGGAUAACGAAAAAAGUUCGAGCUCAUCAAGUCGCAGCACAAGUCGCUCGUCGAGUCGCAGUUCCAGUAGAAGUCGAUCUCGAAGUGUCUCACCACAAAAGAAACGAGAAGUGGACUGUUUAACGGAUAUUCAGCGUAUACGUUUGUCACGUUUUAAAUUAGCAAAUUUCGUACAUGCACCGUUCUUCUCGAAAACGGUUAUCGGUUGUUUCGUGCGCAUUGGUAUCGGCAAAAAUAAGGAAGGUCGAAGUGUUUAUCGGGCCGCUCAAAUAAUGGACGUUGUUGAGACGGCGAAGGUUUACCAGUUGGAAUCAACACGAACCAAUAAGGGUUUGAAACUGAAACACGGUAAAGAUGAGCGUGUCUAUCGUUUGGAGUUUGUUUCGAAUUCGCCGUUCACUGAUAGCGAAUUCAUAAAAUGGUUGGACGCAACGAAAGCUGCUAAAAUACCUGUGAUAACGAUUGAUCACGUUGAAAAGAAGGAAGCAGAUAUCAAGAAGGCGUUGAACUAUCGUUACACAGAUGAGGACAUCGAUAAGAUGGUCAAGGAAAAAGCGCGAUUCAAACGAGGUCCGCUCAACUACGCAAUCGAGAAAGGGCAACUCAUGAAAAUGAAGGUGAGUCUUUCGAUGUUAUUCCACUUUUUAAUGUAUUUCGUAUUUCAACAGUCAUUUUCCAGACUGUUUUUUUUUCAUUGA